AUGGUCAACCCUGUUGGAUCUUCGAAGGUGGAACAAAAUAAUAUAAAGAGCAUUAUCGGGUCAUCGUAUAAUCGCCUAUACAGCCAGUUUACUUCAGAUGAGCUGACAGAAGUAGGUAACUAUAAGAUUUUAAAACAGAUAGGGGAAGGAAGCUUUGGGAAGGUAUACUUAGCACUCCAUAGGCCGACACAUCGUAAAGUUUGUUUGAAGACAAGCGAUAAGAAUGAUCCUAACAUUGUUAGAGAGGUAUUUUACCACAGACAGUUCGAUUUUCCUUAUAUUACGAAGCUUUAUGAGGUGAUAGUAACAGAGUCUAAAGUUUGGAUGGCAUUAGAAUAUUGCCCAGGGAAAGAAUUGUAUGAUCAUUUACUUUCUCUGCAUAGGAUAUCCUUACUCGAAUGUGGAGAAUUGUUUGCACAAAUUUCAGGUGCUGUUUACUAUGCGCACUCUAUGCACUGUGUUCACAGAGAUUUAAAAUUAGAGAAUAUUCUACUAGAUAAAAAUGGCAACGCCAAACUAACGGAUUUUGGCUUUACAAGGGAAUGCAUGACGAAAACGACUUUGGAAACAGUUUGUGGUACCACCGUUUAUAUGGCACCCGAAUUGAUAGGGAGAAAGACAUAUGAUGGAUUUAAGAUUGAUACAUGGUCACUGGGAGUAAUAUUAUACACGUUGAUUACGGGAUCUUUGCCAUUUGAUGAUGAUGAUGAGGCUAAAACUAAAUGGAAAAUCGUCAAUGAAGAACCAAAAUACGAUCCCAAAUUAAUUCCCGAUGAUGCCAAAGAUUUAAUUUCACGAUUAUUGGCUAAAAAUCCAGGAGAACGUCCAUCUUUGCCACAGGUUUUGCGUCACCCUUUCUUGCAGCCCUACGGUUCAGUGGUUCUAGACCAAACUGAAAAAAUUUUGUGCAGACAACGCAGUGGGGGUAUUCAGUUUAAAAGUAAAUUAGAAAGGAGGUUAUUGAAGCGUCUCAAACAAUCCGGCAUUGAUACACAAGCAGUAAAGCAGUCCAUUUUGAAAAGAAAAUGUGAUUCACUUUCCGGGCUAUGGCUGCUAUUGUUAGCACAAGAGAAAAAGCAAGAAAAUUGUAAAUGUCCAAAGAGAAGCAGGUCAGUGCUAUCAGUGAAAAAAGUCAUCGAAAAUGCCACGCAUAACGAUAUUAACAAAACUAGUGACGACAUAUUAAAACCCGCACUUGAACUUUCUAGGGCUACUUCAUUGAGUAAAAUGCUAAAUAAAGGUUCAGAUAUGGUAACUUCGAUGACCCCGAUUAGCGCAAAGAAAUCGAAGGAUUCGGCGAAGGUACUACAUCCUACAUUUUCCAAAAUUCCCUCACAGAGGGCUUAUAGUCACUCUAUCGUGAAUUCCCCUCGAAAAUCCAAUAAUUUUUUACAAAAAGUUUCUAGUUUUUUCAAGUCAAAAAAAAAUCCUAAUAACAGUAGCAACAGCAACAGCAGCAUUUAUACAGGUGUUGGUGAAGACUCAGUCGCAAGCAGCAAAGGAGUUCCUGCAUCAGGGCCAUUUCUUGUGAAGAAAACUAGCUCUUUUCAGAAAUCAAGAACGGAUGUUGGUGCAGACUCUUCAAAAACAAACUCUAAAGAGUCAUUAAAAAAAAAAGUAGCCUGUACCAUUGCUUUGAGUAGCGGUGCUAAUGUCGCGUUAAAGUACAGCAAGACUUCUGGUAAUUCAAUGGAAGGCGUAAAGGAAACACCAGAGUUAUUUUCAAACGAACACGUUCGAAUAGAGGAACCCCGUCUCAAACGCUUCAAAUCGUCCAUAUCAAGUGAAAUAUCUCGAACUUCUACUGGUAAUUAUGAUAGCGAAUCUGUGGAAAAUUCUAGGUCUAUUUCUUUCGAUGGAAAAGUUUCUCCUCCGCCGAUACGAACCCGGCCAUUAUCUGAGAUAUCCCAAAUUUCCAAUGACACUUAUAUCUCCGAAUAUUCCACUGAUGGCAACAAUUCGUCAUUCAAAAUUUCUGAUACCGCAAAGCCAAGCUAUAUCCGUAAAGGUUCAGAGACUACAUCACAAUAUUCAGCUUCAUCCGAAAAAAUGACAAAUGGCUACGGUAGAAAAUUCGUUAGGAGAGAUUUAAGUAUUAUAUCAACAGCGUCCAGUGCAUCAGAGAGAAGUUCAAGGACAGAUUCUUUCUACGAUAUCACAACUGCCACUCCAGCGAUAACUACCGGCAAUGGAAGUAAUAGGAACAGCAAUUUUAAGGAGUCUGUUUUGCCUAGGUUUGGAACGCAGAGGCCCUGGACGGGGAAAAGGACGUAUACGACAUCCCGUCAUGGCAAAAAUGCUAGACGUUCAUCUAAGAGAGGUAUAUUCAAGAUUUCGUCUUCAAAUACGGAUUCUAUAAUUCAGGAAGUGAGUUCAUCGGAAGAAGAAGAUCAUAAUAUUCUCUAUAAUAAGCGAGCAGGCCUACCAAAACCCGUUCUGCAAACUAAAGGAUUGACAGAAAAUGGACUAGAUGAGCACGAUGAGGAAGGGGACGAUGAGGCGGGGGACGAUGAGUAUGCCGUUCAUACCGACGGAGAAUUUUCCAUAAAGCCUCAGUUUUCUGAUGACGUUAUAGACAAGCAGCGCGGUCUUGCAAAUGUGAAAGCCGUGGCAACUAAACGUUCAUUGAGCGAAGGUAGUAACUGGUCCAGUAGCUAUUUGGAUUCAGAUGGUAAUCGGCAGCGCGUAUCUUCAAUGUUAGAGGAUGACAGAGAUUCUACAGCAUACGCACCGGAUAAGAAUAUGAGCGGUAAAGAACUCAAAAGACUAUUAUAA